CGAGGACAUUUUGGGACUUAAAACUAUAACAUUAGUAAUAUAAAUACCACAAACCCUAACCCUGCUCCCCCAUUCCUUCAUUUGGUUCUUUCUGCCUAUCAUAUCUUCUUUCGCGGCUAGGGUUUAAUCAAAACUCUCUCCAGUUCAUAAUGGGUAAAGAGAAGUCGCACAUCAACAUCGUGGUCAUUGGCCAUGUCGACUCUGGAAAGUCGACCACCACUGGUCACUUGAUCUACAAGCUUGGAGGUAUUGACAAGCGUGUCAUCGAGAGGUUCGAGAAGGAAGCUGCUGAGAUGAACAAGAGGUCAUUCAAGUAUGCUUGGGUGCUCGACAAGCUCAAGGCUGAGCGUGAACGAGGUAUUACCAUUGAUAUUGCUCUGUGGAAGUUCGAGACCACCAGGUACUACUGCACUGUCAUUGAUGCUCCUGGACAUCGUGACUUUAUAAAGAACAUGAUUACCGGAACCUCCCAGGCUGACUGUGCAGUCCUCAUCAUUGACUCUACCACUGGUGGUUUUGAGGCUGGUAUCUCCAAGGAUGGUCAGACCCGUGAGCAUGCUCUUCUUGCCUUCACCCUUGGUGUAAAGCAAAUGAUCUGCUGCUGUAACAAGAUGGAUGCCACCACUCCUAAAUACUCCAAGGCUAGGUAUGAUGAAAUUAUCAAGGAAGUGUCAUCCUAUUUGAAGAAAGUCGGUUACAACCCUGACAAGAUUCCCUUCGUGCCUAUCUCUGGAUUUGAGGGUGAUAACAUGAUUGAGAGGUCCACCAACCUGGACUGGUACAAGGGACCAACUCUCCUCGAAGCCCUCGACCAGAUCCAGGAGCCCAAGAGGCCCUCAGACAAGCCCCUCCGUCUCCCACUUCAGGACGUGUACAAGAUUGGUGGUAUCGGAACUGUCCCAGUGGGUCGUGUGGAAACUGGUGUCAUCAAGCCUGGUACGGUUGUCACUUUCGGGCCAACUGGACUGACUACUGAAGUUAAGUCGGUUGAGAUGCACCACGAAGCACUCCAAGAGGCUCUUCCCGGUGACAAUGUUGGAUUCAAUGUUAAGAAUGUUGCCGUGAAGGAUCUGAAGCGUGGUUUUGUUGCCUCAAACUCGAAGGAUGAUCCCGCCAAGGAGGCUGCAAACUUCACCUCCCAGGUGAUCAUCAUGAACCAUCCUGGGCAGAUUGGAAAUGGUUACGCCCCUGUUCUUGACUGCCACACCUGUCACAUUGCUGUCAAAUUUGCUGAGAUCCUCACCAAGAUUGACAGGCGAUCCGGGAAGGAGUUGGAGAAGGAACCUAAAUUUCUGAAGAACGGUGAUGCUGGUAUGAUUAAGAUGAUUCCCACGAAGCCCAUGGUGGUGGAGACUUUCUCAGAGUAUCCCCCACUUGGUCGUUUUGCCGUGAGGGAUAUGCGCCAGACUGUUGCUGUGGGAGUGAUCAAGAACGUGGAGAAGAAGGAUGCUUCUAGUGCUAAGGUGACCAAAUCCGCUGCCAAGAAGGGUGGCAAGUGAGCCCUGCAUGUUGAUGUUAAUUUCCAUCAGCUAUGUUGGAUGAGAAUUGUAGUUUUAUGUCUUCCGAAAGGCAGUUGAGAGAAUUGGGCUCUUGAUUGGCGGCAGUGGUGCCGUGAUUCUAGUUUUAAUUUAUUUUCAGCAUUUUCUUAUUGUCUCGCAAGAUAAAAUUUUGGAGAUAUUUUUCAUGAGCUUCUCGUGAAAUUUAGGUCUUGAAAAUUUGGAUGCUAAGAACUUGUAUCUUGUUCUAUGCUUUGAUCCUGUAGUGUUCUGUUUACUCAUUUUCAAUCUGUAGUUUACAGACUCUGCAUGUUUCGACUUAUGGAUUUUUCUUUUUUGUUUA